AUGGCACCAUUGUUAGAGGUCAGCACCCCCGGUGUCUUGAACGAUCGAGUUUCCGGCCGACUUUAUUCUGACCCAUCCCUAGGUCGUGCGCGCUUCGAUCGUCUCUUCCUCAUCGGCCGCAGCUCCGUGCCGUUAUGUGUUGAUGCCUUGAAACUGGCCGUCGCUGAAGCCAAGAGAGGUAGAGAUACCCACAGAUACAGGGAGGCCGUUGAGUGCCUGCGGGUUGCGGCGCCAUCGGAACCGGAGGCGACGUUCGAUCAAGAUUGGUUGCAAGCACGGGAAGAGGAAAACAAGGUCGAGACCAACCGUUUGCUUAAGGAACUGAAAGGUUACAAGAAUAAUCUCAUUAAGGAGAGCAUUAGGAUGGGCAACGAAGAUCUCGCCAAGCACCUCGAGAGCAUCGGCGACCUCAACGCGGCGAGCGAGACGUUUUCGAAGAUGAGACCAGAUGUCAGCACCGCGAAGCAACUCAUUGACGUUAGCAAGCAUCUGGUUCGGGUGUGUAUUCAGCGGCGUGAGUGGGAUAUGGUGAGCGCCCACCUGAGCAAGAUUGGGGGUGCUCAAUCUGCGGAUGAGGAGAAGGCCGUACAACCGUACCUCAAGAUCGCCUAUGGGAUUGCGUUCUUGGGGCGCGGGAGGUUCAAGGAUGCCGCGCUCAGCUUUCUCUCGGCCGACUCCAGCAUCCCCAGCUCGACAUACGGCGAGCUUGCCAGCCAAAGCGAUGUCGCAAUUUAUGGCGGCCUCCUUGCUCUAGCGUCUAUGGACCGUGCUGAGCUGCAGAGCACCGUGCUUGAUAACGCACAGUUCCGGACGUUCCUGGAACAGGCGCCACACAUCAGGCGUGCUGUCGCACAGUUCGUGAGUGGCAGAUAUUCUGCAUGCAUCGCCAUUCUUGAAUCCUACCGCCCAGAUUACCUACUCGACAUUUACCUCCAGAAGCACAUCGCCGCCAUCUACUCCCAAAUUCGGAGCAAGUGCAUUAUUCAGUACCUGACUCCGUUUUCCUGCGUCAGCCUGGACAGCAUGAAUAAGGCGUUCGGUGGUCCGGAUCAAAACGUCGAAGACGAACUGGCCGACAUGAUUCAGUCGGGCGCGCUACAGGCUCGGAUCAACGCAAUUGACAAGCUUGUGACGACCAAGGCAGCCAACCCAAGAACGCAAAUGCAAAACUCGGCGCUCCGGAUGGCCGAGGACUACGAGAAGCAAGGCCUUGACCGCCUCAGGCGGAUGGGGCUCGCCGCGGCGGAUCUCGAGCUCAAAACGGGAAAAAAGCCGGGCCUCUUCGCCAGCCAGACCGACCUGAUGCUUGAGGAGGCACUGGGCUGA